AUGGCAAGCUUACAGGAAUUUGACCGAAGCACCUUGCUGCGACAACCAAGUUCCUCAGGCUGUCGGAGGAGGACCCCUUCGACUUGGCUGAUGUUCACAUUUACAGUUGGUAGUCUGUUUCUGAGUCUACUCACGGAGAAUUCGCUGGCGGAGGCCGCUUUGGUGAAUGGCAACCCGCUGAUACGAGGGAACCCCGUCGAGGGUACAACAGCACGCCAACGUCGUCAACAAAAUGACCAGAACGGGGACAACCAAAACAUCGGUGUGGAGCAUACUCCUGUUGUCUCCGUGCUAGAGGAAAUUUCUGCCGUGUCGCUGACGUUUUCAGUGGCCUUUCCAGACGACGAAUAUUCGGCUGUCACACUCGAAACGCGGGGAAAUGCUGCUCAGCAAGGUGUACUGGAGGCUGUCGUGCAAGUCUUGUGUGAAUCGGUUCGCGUUGUCCACGGAAGUGCAAACGUUUGCGAUCCUGAACCCCAAGCACGGUUUUUUCAGUCCAACUAUGACGUUUCCAGUCUAGACGCCGAUCCGAACGUUAUUGUGACGACAGUGAGUAGCGCGAACAUGUCCUGGAGUACUUGGGAUGUUACUUACACCGUCCAAGACUUGGGCCAAGAUAUGUUCAAUAUGAUACCACCAGAGAAAAGCGACAAUGCUUUUCUGGUCGCCCUGGAAAUGUUACAGGAAGGUAUCCAACUCGCUUUGGACAUUUCCAUUAUGGAAGAAGCAUUCAAUAUGCUUCUGCGAGAUUCGGUCGAAACACGGGCCGUCGCUAGCCCGAUUGGUCAAGAAGAGACCAUCUUCGCCUCUCUCCCGGAAUCCUCCUCUAUUUCGAUCAGCGACUUUACUCCUCGCAUGUGGAAUGGACUGCGAUUUGGUGGAGUUGCCAUUCUAAGCCUGACUUUCCUUGGUUACGCUGCGUUAGUGUACCUAAGUGCGAACCGACGGAAAAAUAUCCUGUUGCAACUAGCUCAUCAGCGAAAAAUGGAUCAUAUCGUGCUGCAAACACCAGACGGAGUCGACGCGCUGUUGGCACAGUCGGCUCAAUUUUCUAUGCCACCUCAUCUGCAGAGUCAACCGGCAAUAGGGGAUUCCAACGAUUCGGAAGGAGAAGACGACGAAGAGGAGGACAACGACUCCUUUCGGCUACCAAGCCAUCUGCGUCUGCCGAGUCCACCUCCAACGCCAUCUCGCUCGUCUCCACGAGACGUCGGAUCAAAAGUAGUGUAUUCUCAGCGAACUUUGACUCCACCGUCAAUUGCAGCGCUUUCGUCGCCAGCUCUGGGUUGGACACAUUUCGCAAACAACAUUUUUGAAAGCGAUAUUGAUGAGCCAUGA